AUGGGCUUACAUUUUUUAUUCCCAGUUCUCUUAAAUAUAUUAUUGCUUUCUUCUUCUUACCUUGUUGUUGUUCUUCAGAUGUCCCUAAGCUACAAAACCUUUAAUCUUCUGUCUAACAGUGGCAAGAAAGCAUCACCAUUGGUAGUAGCAUUAGCAUAUUCAUCAUCAUUUUCUUCUUCUCAUUUUUCAUUUUUGGAAAAAUUACCACUCUACAAGGAAAAUAGCAAUAACAUACUAAGAAGAAGUCUACAUCCGUCAUCUAUAAUACGUCAAACGAUCAGUAAUAUUAAUAAAAAUAAUAAUAAUAACAUAACUAGAAAAAUGACAUCUCCAACUAGAUUAAAGACCAUGAGAUCACCAAUGAAGAAAGUAGAAUCUCAAGUAAAUUUACACCCCUUACUAUGUGAUCCAUUCAGAGUAACAGUCAUCGGGUCUGGUAACUGGGGUACUACCAUUGCCAAAGUGGUUUCUGAAAACACUGCGAUCCAUUCUCAUGUCUUUGAAAAGGAGGUUCAAAUGUGGGUUUUUGAAGAAAAAAUUGAUGGUCAAAAUUUGACUGAAAUAAUUAACACCAAGCAUGAAAAUGUUAAAUAUUUACCAGGAAUUGAAUUGCCUGAAAAUUUAAGAGCUAAUCCAGAUUUGUUGGAUGCCGUUAAAGAGGCAGACAUUCUUGUUUUCAAUAUUCCUCAUCAAUUUUUGUCAAGAAUUGUGAAACAAUUAGAGGGUCAUGUUAAGAAGGGUGCAAGAGCAAUUUCUUGUUUGAAAGGGUUCGAAGUUGGUGUCAAAGGGGUUCAAUUGUUAUCUUCUUAUAUUACUGAUGAAUUAGGAAUUGCUUGUGGUGCACUUUCUGGGGCUAAUUUGGCUCCUGAAGUCGCUAAAGAACAUUGGUCAGAAACUACUGUUGCGUAUCAACUGCCUAAAGAUUUUAGAGGUGAAGGGAAAGAUGUCGAUCAUAAGAUUUUGAAAGUAUUAUUCCAUAGACCUUAUUUCCAUGUUAACGUCAUCGAUGAUGUUGCAGGGAUCUCCAUUGCGGGUGCAUUGAAAAAUGUCGUUGCCUUAGGUUGCGGAUUUGUUGAAGGUCUUGGGUGGGGUAACAAUGCAGGUGCAGCCAUUCAAAGAGUCGGUCUAGGUGAAAUUAUUAAAUUCGGUCAAAUGUUUUUCCCCGAAUCAAGAGUUGAAACGUAUUAUCAAGAAAGUGCUGGUGUGGCCGAUUUAAUUACUACAUGUUCGGGGGGUAGAAAUGUUAGAGUUGCUAAAUAUAUGGCAGAAACAGGUAAAGGUGCUAUAGAAUCUGAAAAGGAUCUAUUAAAUGGCCAAUCUGCUCAAGGUGUCAUUACAUGUAAAGAAGUCCACGAAUGGUUAGAUAAAUGUGAGUUGACACAAGAAUUUCCAUUAUUUGAAGCAGUCUAUCAAAUUGUUUAUAACAAUGUUCCAAUGGAAAACCUUCCGGAUAUGAUUGAGGAAUUAGAUGAUUUCGGAUUUUAA